CCCACAAACCCCUGCCCUCCCUGCACGGCCCCCCCCACCCCUCUCCACCCGCAGGACACAGGGAGGUUCUGUAGAGUCCCCCCCAGGACCAUGUCCUCUUCCAGCCCCAAGCAGCCCGCCGAGUCCCAGCCCAGCCCCCGGGAGAAGGCUCUGACUUGCAGGGUUGGAGGGGAGGAGGCCGGGCUGGGUGGGGGCUACAAGAUGGAAGAGCUAAGCAGACCCAUCCUGGGCACCAAGAGCACGUCCAGCCCCCAGAACGUGUGCACGGCACGGCCCCUAAAGCGUAGCCUCCAGGAGCUGGAGAACAGCCACCCGGAGAGAAAGAUCAGAGCGGUGACCCCGAUGCACUCCACCUCCUCCUCUUCAUCCUCCGCCUGCACCGUCAGGGACCGAGACUGGGAGAGGGAAGCCAACGCAGGUAGGAAGGUCCGGACGCCAGAUCUGGAGGGCGAAGUCAUGAAGGCGGCGGAGCCCCAGCGGAACCCUGCCCAAACACUCCACCAGCACGUCAAUACCUUCAUGGAGGGACACAAGGUUCCCCUCCACUCCUCGUCCUUGUUCCCCGCGGGCCUCUACCCAGGGGCCUUGGUCUCUCAGAUCCAGGAAGUUUGCGAGGCCCCGCCGGGCUACCACUCCUACCCUUUGCAGUACUUGAAGAACCCCGCCGUCCUGUCGCCGCUGGUACCGCCCUUUGCCAUACACUCCUUGAUGAUGCAGAGGCAGCUGUUGGCCCAGGCGCCCCACAGCCCCGCCCACAUGUACCGACACCCAAUGGGAGCGUCGUAUGCGGAGCUGCUGCAUCACGGCCUGUACCCCAUGUCGGCCAUGUCCGCCCUAAACGCACAGCAGCACCCAGCCUUCGGCCCCUCACAGCUGUCCUCCAUCCACCCGAGUACCAAACUAUCAUGACUUGUGCUGUAAAUGUCCUGACCCCUUCACCACCCCACUCCUGUACAUACCUAUUCAGAGUUAACCAUUCCCCCUCACAAGCAGGUGUCACAGCUGAUACCGUUAGAUAAGAUACCGUGACGCGUGCCCCCCCCCCCACCCACCCCC